GAUCACGGGUGUUGGGAGAGACCAGAAGACAUGGACACUCUUCGAACCUCCUACGUUCUCUCUCCAACCAAACCUGGUUCUGAACUCUCUGCUGAGAUUGCAGCUGCAUUGGCUGCAUCUUCCAUCGCUUUUACCAACACUGAUAAAUCAUAUUCACAGUUGCUUAUCAACAGGGCUAUGCAGGUGUUUGACUUCGCAAAUAAAUAUCGUGGAUCUUAUAAUACUAGUGUUGGUGCCGGAGCAUGCCCCUUCUACUGCGAUUAUAGUGGCUAUAUGGAUGAGUUGGUUUGGGGAGCGGCAUGGAUAUACAAAGCCACUGGUAACAAAUUCUAUCAGGAUUUUGUAAAAGCAAACAUCGCAUCCUUGAGCGGUGUUUUUCGAUUUGGAUGGGAAACCAAGCAUGCUGGCAUAUAUGUGCUUUCUUCGCAGUGGGCGAUAGCAGAUCCAUCCAGUUUCAAUAAUUUCAUUCCCAAUGCAGAUAACUUCAUAUGCUCUUUGUUGCCCAAUUCGCCUACCAGAUCAGUCACAUACUCUAAAGGUGGGCUUCUAUUCAGAGAGGGAUCAAGUAACCUACAACACACAACCGCUUAUUCGUUUCUUACAAUUGUUUAUGCACGCUACAUACAUAAUGCAAAGAAAACAAUAGCUUGUGGGAAUCAAGUUGCCGACUCGGCUACGCUAAUAAAUCUUGCAAAAAGUCAGGUGGAUUACAUAUUAGGAAACAACCCAUUAGGGUUGUCAUACAUGGUAGGGUAUGGGCAAAAGUUUCCACAGAAGAUACACCAUCGAGGAUCAACCUUACCAUCCAUUGCUGUGCAACCAAACCACAUUGGGUGUCACGAUGCAAAGCAAUAUUUCGAAACACAAAACCCAAAUCAAAACAUCCUAGUUGGAGCUUUGACUGGAGGACCUGCAGACAAUGAUUCUUAUGAGGAUUCACGCUACAAUGUUAGCCAAUCAGAGCCAACCACGUACAUCAAUGCUCCAUUUGUUGGUGUUUUGGCUUAUUUCACCAAACCUACUAUUACUUUUACCUAAGAAUCAUUACAAAUUAUCAAUUACUUCUAAUUGCACAAUGGACUCCUUCUGUUGUAUAUUGCUUGAUGUUUGUUAGAUCAAUAAAGUAUUAAUUCUUUCUCUA